CUUUUUUAAUCUGUAUCAGUUUGAGACGUUCUCGGCUUGAAAUGAAGUGCAGUGUAAAGUGAAACAGGCAAUAACUGCAAUAAGUCUACUAAUAAAAAAAAAGUUAAGACUGACUCAAUAACAUCGUCUUUCAUAAUAGUUGGAAUGAAUCAAAAGAAAAAUCUAUAAAAAUGUUUGUUGUGAAACGAAAGUGAUAUCUAUGGCUUGUGAUGUCUCAUAAUAGGAGAAAUCUUCUGAUAUUUGCCAAAAAAUAGUCAUAGUAAGAUGUAAUCAAAAUUUUAGAAGGUCCACGUCCAGACAUGGGUUCCAGAUUACGAGAUACCGUUCGCUUCCUAUUUGAAUUGUUCUGUGAAGUAUCCCCCGGUGAUCAUGUAAGAGAUCCACAUGUAGUACGAAAAUACCCAGAGAAUUAUAAAAAUGAAGAAGAAUUGAAGAAUGUACCUAAAUUCACAUUUCCAUGUCAAUUGGAGAAUACAUUUGUUCAACAUUACUCCUUUGUAUUGACGUCCGUGGAUUCGAAAUAUACAUUUUGUUUUUGUCGUUAUGAUCCGAAAGCAAAUACAGCACUAGUGCUGUUAUCCCAUUUACCAUGGCAUGAUAUAUUUUACAAGUUACUAAAUAGUAUAGCAAAUUUACUAAACAGUAAUGAGAGGGGAGAGUUGACAUCGUUCCUAGAGGCAUGCCGCAUAAGGCCUCCUAUGCCAGGGCACACACUCAAAGUAACAUACAAUGCUGGUCAUAGUGUUUUUUCAUGUCAAAGCCCAGAUAAUAGAUUACCCAGUAUACCGGACAAUUGCAAUCUCACCGAGUACUUCAGCGCUAUGGAUACAAAAUGCAUGGCAGGGCUCUGGGCGGCGUUACUCCACGAGCGUCGGAUAGCGAUAGUCGCGUCGAAACCUUCACGUCUCUCAGCCUGUGUCCAAGCCGCCAACGCGACCUUGUUCCCGAUGUCGUGGCAACAUAUAUUCAUACCGAUACUACCGAAGCAUUUGGUUGAUUAUCUUCUGGCUCCUAUGCCGUUUCUAAUUGGUGUUCCUAGAUGUGUGAUGGAGACAGUGCGGAUGUCGGAAGUUGGUGAUGUAGUCGUGCUAGAUGUAGACGCAAAUGAGCUGAAAUCUCCAUUUCACGACCUAGAAAGUCUUCCUCAAGAUAUGGUAGCGAGUUUAAAAAAGGCUUUAAGUGAUAAAAAUGCACUCGGCGACGCCGUAUCGAGGGCGUUUCUACGUGCGCUAGUCUGUCUGAUCGGCGGUUACAGAGAUGCUAUCAGGAUCGAGAAGGGUCAAUUGAUAACGUUCAAUCCAGAGGCGUUCGUGCGGACUAGGAAAAACAUGCAGCCCUUUCUGCGGAAGAUUCUCCAAUCGCAAAUAUUCCAGCAGUUCAUAGACGAAAGGCUUGAGUUACUGAACUCAGGUCGCGGUUUCAACGACGAAUUCGAAGUCGAAUGCAACAACUACGCUGAGAAAGUUAGCACCGGAAGCGGUCAGAAGCUGAAACAGCAAUACCGGGACUGGGCGAAGACCGUCAAGAAGGAGGGUGGUGCCUUCUUCAAAACCGUCAAAGAUAAGGCGAACCCCGCGGUACAAUCGGCUGUGAAAACGGUCCGGCAAGGGGGUAAAAAUAUGAAGUCAGCUGUACGCGGCUUAAAGAAUAAAAUGCCCAAAACAGGUUCACGGCCCUCGUCCAUUAAUACCACAGACGAUAGCAGGUUUUCAUGCGGCUCAGCCACCCCAGUUUCAUCUGAUUCCUCCGAAUCCUCCCCCUCUCAUGACAUGCCACCUCGCGAGCCACCCCCGACUCUACCAUUAGAUCUCCUCACAGAGAUGGAGUUUCUCUUUCCAAAUAAACGUCGUGAUAGCUUUCCUGGCAGCGCGCUCAACUCUGAUAUCAGCCUCCCCGACAAAGCUAAAACCCUGUCACCAUGCCCCCCACCCCGGUUACCGGAACGUCCCCACCCCCCACUCCGUUACCCAAUCAUAUCGACAAGGAAACUAGUAGAUUUGUCCGAUGCGCCCGCGCCUCCCCCGAGGUCGAUACCGGCACCCUCAACGACACACUUUAUAAGUAACAUCACAAAGAACGACGCGAACGUCACUCAAGACUUCCACACUAGCACGAUUAGAUUCACCGAAGGCAACGACAAGGCUAAAUUAAAACUGACUCUAUCGUCCAAUCAGAAGAAGGGUCAAACUAGCCAGCCUUGUAACGGCUCCACGAUCAGACCGGUGCCCCCUAUUGUGCCCAGACCGGUCCCAGACAGGCCUAGACCCAGACACAACAAGGGCAGAACUCAAGAGUCAUCUGGCUCUGAUCUCAUACAACUGGACGAUACGCCCACGGAUCUAGAAGAUUUCGAUCCCCUUAAAUAUCGGGAUAAGAACGAAAAGGAACAAAUUAAAACAUCCACGGAUAGCGCUUUGUUGCAUGAAUACGGGUUAGAUUUUAGCCAAUUCGGCUUAUCUGAUUUCACAGCUAGCUCGAGCGCGCCGGAGACCUCUGCCGUACCAAAAGGAUGGACUACAUUCAAUUAGAAUUGUAUCUCGUGUGACUUUAUCGUUCUUCCCAUUUGUAACACCGAAGCGAUACAUUUGUACGUUAUUCGUGCGCUGAAAGUAUCCCCCGUCUAAAGUAUUUUAAGUUAUCAAUUCAAACGUCAAAAAAUCUAUGUUUAUUAAUCGUUAAAUUAUUAUACAGUCCAAUCUGUUAUUUUGUUUUAAUUACAUUUAAACGCGUAAUAUUGUUUUUUAAAUUUAAUUCUAAUAAUAAUGUUCGUAAUAACGUAUCGUUGUAGCGAAUUCGCUGUCCGGCUACAUUAACUGUCGAAAAUGAAAAUCUAUUGUGAGGGAAGUUCGUCUGACUGCGCAUUUGAAUGUUUAAAGCAACCGCCCACGACUGUAUUCACUGACUCGUUAAUAAACACAAUGCAAUAAGUACAUUCGUGGAAAAUACUGAACUUGAAAAUAAACAUCUAUUUAUAUUGUCGUUUACAAUUUAAUUAUUCUCUCGUUACGUAACCGUUAUUCCUUAAAAAACGCAAAAAAAUUAAAAAUACGCAGUGACGUAAGUUUUCUUUGAUAUUAAAAUUAAUGUAUUUAUUUUACUUGCUUUAUACUUGUUUUAUUGGAUUUUGUAAAUUAUAAAAUCACGUUAAAUUCAUUCAUAAAAGUCAUUCGUUAUAAAAAAUGUAGGCGUUACGUAACGACAACGGUUGUUGUUAUAUCGAUAACGUGAUUGAAUAAGCUACUUUCAUUCACAUCGUUCGAGUGUAAGCUGUGAAAUAUUCGUUACCUGCAAAUGAUUAAAGUAACAAAAAAUAAAAAUGUAUAAAGUUGUCCCCAAAGGCAUUAAUAACGUAGAAAUGUAUGCGCGACUCAAUUCCAUUCUUUUCGCAAUUCUUUAUAAAAAAUAAUUCUUUUUUCUAAAAUAACGAAGCGAAAGUGGGCUGUGAAUGUCGAUUCUUUAUUGUGAAAUAUAUUUCCGAUUUUUUCAUCAGACUAUCGAAUACAUCGUUAUUGAAAUUAUAAAUUAAUUU